GUUGCACACUCCGUUCAAUGACUACCGUACCUUGCCAUUUGUUCCACAGUACUAUCUCUUGAUUUUUGUUCUCUGCGUUUUUGGCUUUUCGAAGUGCCUUGAGAUUAGCUGCUGCAGCCCCCAUCAGUACCCACGAUACUUUCAAUCAUUUGAGUCUAUCUGCAAAAUGGCCUACAACACAACCCUUUACAACUGCUCAGUAUCAGACGAUGCCUUGCGUCCCGUGAUAAUUAACGCCUGUCGUUCUGGCUUUGACUUCACGCUCAUGUUCGAGCAGACUAUACUAAGCAUAUUGCCUUCUGCCUUGCUAUUACUUCUCAUGCCUUUCCGACUCUUCGUUCUAUAUGGCGAGAACAUCAAAACAAUUCGUGACGUCAGGUACGGAGCAAAAGCUGCGGCUGUCGCUGUCUUUGCGGCUGUGCAGAUGAGUUUAUUGAUUUUAUGGGCCACGUAUGACAACAUACGGACUCCUGCGUCUGUACCUGCUGCGGCACUGAGCUUCGUCAACGCUAUUGCCCUUGGCCAGCUAAGUUAUCUCGAGCACACUCGCUCUUUGCAGCCUAGCACCCUUAUUACUACAUAUCUGUUGUUGUCACUGCUCUUCGACGCUGCACAGGCUCGAACGUUGUACCUGAGAACCGACUCAAACGUGUUGGCAGCAGUCCUCACGGCCACUAUUGCGCUCAAGCUUACGGUGCUCGUUCUUGAAGCCCAAAAUAAGCGCUCCUCUCUCAGACAACCAUAUCGCAGCUAUGCUCGCGAGGCUCUCAGUGGCAUUUUCAAUCGUAGCAUCUUCUGGUGGCUGAAGCCGCUCUUCGUUGGCGGAUUCAGUAAGGUUCUCACCCUGGAUGAUUUGGGCUCCAUCGAUGAAUCGCUUUCUUCGGAGCCAUUGCGUGAUCGCAUCCAAACAAUAUGGGAUAAACGAAAGCAGCCAGAAGGCGAACACUCUCUGACAAUUGCCUGCAUCAAGACCUUGAAAUGGCCCAUUCUCAGUACAGUCUUUCCACGGCUCUGCCUUAUCGCCUUCAAUUAUAGCCAGACAUUUCUCAUCAGUCGUCUAAUCAGCUUCGUUGGCGAUCCCAGCACCGCGCAGAACAAAAAUGACGGAUACGGUCUCAUCGCUGCUGGUGCGCUUAUCUACACUGGCAUCGCUCUCUCGACUGUCCAUUUCAAGCACCGGCUCUACAGAACAAUCACCAUGUUUCGCGGCGCAGCCGUGGGUCUCAUAUACAACAAAACGAUGAAGCUGCAGGACGGUGUAUACAACGAGUCUGCAGCUGUCACGCUUAUGAGCACCGAUAUCGAUCGUGUAGCUUCCAGCAUGGUCUCUGUGCACGAGAUAUGGGCCCAGCUGAUUGAAGUUAUAAUUGGAAUUUGGUUACUUGCCCGUCAAGUAGGCUGGGUCUCCGUCAUUCCUGUGGUUCUCAUCAUCCUCUGCAGUAUCGGUACCCAACGGGUGUCUCGCAAUUUCGGCAGUGCACAGAGAAUCUGGACUGCUGCGACGCAGAAACGCAUCGCCAUGACUUCUUCAAUACUUGGAUCUAUGAAAAGUGCGAAGAUCAUGGGGCUUGCCGGAGCCAUGACAGAAAGUAUCCAAGGACAACGUGAGACCGAGGUUGGCCUUUCUCGAAGAUACCGUUGGAUCGCCGUCUUAAUCUAUACCAUUGGAUCUAUACCCACCAACUGUGGCCCUGUGUUAACAUUCAUUGCGUUUGCCAUACAAGCUCGAGUACGUCACCAAGAUACCCUGUCGACGAAUCAAGCCUUUACAUCAUUAGCGAUCUUAUCACUUGUGACAGCGCCGGUGGAAGCUCUGCUAAUUGCGGCGCCUUUGGUUGCUGCGGGCAAUGGGUGCAUGCAGCGGAUUCAGAUAUUUCUUCGUGCCGCCAGCUGGGACGAUACUCGAUUACUUUUUCAAGAGACUCCUUCGAUGUCCUCCCAGACUCCUAUGGACAACAUCGAGAUGGAAAAUAUAGGAGGCAAAGAGUCUAACUCUGUAGCUCUCUCCAUCAAAAACCUCACAUUGCGAUACAGCCCUACUCUAGAGCCCGCACUAAAAGACAUCAACACGGAACUGAAACGCGGUUCUCUUACCAUGCUGGUAGGCCCCAUUGGAUCCGGAAAGUCUUCGUUCAUGAAAGCCAUCUUGGGAGAGCUUCCAUACCAGAGCGGGACUAUUAGUGUGAGUUCUAAAAACGUUGCCUAUUGUGCUCAAACAUCCUGGAUGCUCAACAUAAGCAUUCGCCAAAUCAUUUGCGGUCUCAUCGAAAACACCCCAAUUGACGAAAACUGGUAUCGUGCCGUACUUCAUGCUUGUGCUCUCAACGAAGAUCUGCAGCAUUUCCCGGAGGGCGAUGAGAGCGUUAUCGGAAGCCGGGGUCUGGUACUCAGCGGAGGACAGAAGCAGCGUGUAGCGCUGGCGCGAGCAGUCUAUGCGAAGCGGGCAAUCGUACUGCUCGACGAUGUACUUAGCGCGCUCGAUGGAGUUACAGAAGACCGUGUUGUUACCCGACUGCUUGGUUCUGAAGGACUUCUCCGACAGAGCACCGUCCUCUUGUUUACACAUGCCACUCGCCAUUUACAUCUGGCUGACAAAAUCAUUGUUCUCGACAAGAUCGGACAAAUCGCACAAGAAGGGACAUACGAAGAGCUAAAAGCAACAUCCGGGUAUAUCAAGGAUUUGUUAAUCCACCCGCCUCGUUAUGCCGAGGCUAUCGUAGAGCAAGAAAUCGUGGCGAAAACAGCUGCCCCGAAACCUCCUUUGGCUGCAAAUCUCAAUAGCGUUCGAAAAACUGGCGAUAUUAGUGUCUACCUCUACUACCUUCAACAUGUCGGCUGGCCAGCCGGAUUGGUUUUCCUCCUGGGAGCGGCUGGAUUGGCUUUUACAAGAACCUUUCCGCAAGUCUGGCUUAAAUUUUGGACUGAAGCAAACGGCGCAGACAUUUCUAAAUAUAUCAGCGUAUAUGUUGUACUGGCAGUGGGAAGCACCGCUUUCUUGACAUUAACGUACGCAUGGAUACUCGUAUUGGUCAUCCCAAGAGCAGGCUUGCGAUUACACAAGGUUAUGUUGAAGGUUAUAAUGGCAGCUCCCAUAUCUUUUUUCGCACGGACGGACACUGGUGUGACCAUUAACCGAUUUAGCCAGGAUUUGGCUCUGAUAGAUCGGCAAUUGCCCACUAUGAUGGCACUGGUCUUCAUGUCAUCAUUCUUCUGUAUUGCACAGGCAGCCUUGAUUGCAACAGGCUCAUCAUAUAUGGGUAUCACAAUACCAUUUGUGCUUGCGGUUGUUUACGUCGUCCAGAAAGUUUAUCUUCGGACCUCACGUCAGCUACGACAUAUGGACCUCGAAGAAAGAAGUCCUCUCUAUACACACUUCUUGGAAACAUUGGAUGGUCUGUCAACAAUCAGGUCUUUCGGAUGGCAGGAAGAGUCUCGAUCUACCAAUAUUCAACGUCUAGAUAGGUCUCAAAGGCCUUACUACCUUCUUUACUGUAUUCAGAGAUGGCUGAAUCUUGUUCUCGAUCUUAUUGUCGCACUUAUGGCCAUUGUUGUCAUUGCUCUCGCUACGCAGUUGCGUAGUACCACAAGCGCUGGAGCUAUAGGUAUCGCACUCAACAGUAUUCUAGGUUUCAACACUUCCUUAUCAAAUCUCAUCGACGUUUGGACACAAAUGGAGACCUCGCUCGGGGCAAUUGUCCGUAUCAAAGACUUUGAGAAAAACACACCAUCUGAGAACCUGCCUGGCGAAGACGGUGUACCGCCUCAAGAAUGGCCAUCAAGCGGUGCCGUGGAGCUGCGUAAUGUGACUGCGCAGUACGGACCAGGCAUGCUUGCCUUGCAGGACGUAAGCUUCAAGAUCUCACCAGGCCAGAAGGUUGGCAUUUGUGGCCGCACAGGCAGUGGCAAGAGCAGUCUCAUUCUCACAUUGCUACGCCUCUUGGAUCUGAAGGACGGCAGCAUCUUCGUUGAUGGAAUCGAUCUCUCCACAUUACCUCGCGAGCUGAUCAGAUCUCGCAUAACCGCCAUCCCUCAGGACUCAUUCAUACUCACUGGUACUGUACGACACAAUGUCGAUCCUUUCGGUGGCAUUCCCGAUGAACAGAUCAUUGAAGCGCUCCAGAAGUUGACUCUCUGGCCUAUUCUUCUCGAACGUGGCGGACUUAAUGCCGAUAUGCAGUCUCAGCCUCUAAGUCAGGGACAGCAACAACUUUUCACACUGGCACGUGCACUGCUACAUCGCUCUUCUAUUCUCCUGCUUGACGAAGCGACGAGUAAUGUCGAUGGAAAUACAGAUGCUCUCAUGCAGAGAAUCAUCCGAGAGGAAUUUGCCACUUGCACGAUCAUCACUGUGGCGCACCGCAUGAACAGUAUUACGGAUGCAGAUAUUGUGGUGGUUCUGGAGAAUGGAAGGGUUGCGGAAGUUGGAAACCCUCGGGAAUUGCUCAAAAAGAGAAGCAAGUUUGCAGAAUUGGAUGGGAGAUAAGAAAUGUGAUUUUGGCAUUUCCAACAAAUAUACUCCGAGGUACGAAUUGCCACCAGAGUCAUAUCGUCAGAAAUAUGCGGAGGUUGUUUUGGCAAGAGGAAGUUGGAAGCAAGGGAGAGGAUGUGUAUCAAUUAAUUUGACAUUUUGGAUAAAAGCAGCCUGCAAUUAGAAUCCUAGCUUGUGAUGCAAGUAGCACAUGUAAUGGAAAAGAGUUGCUAUGGUGUUGGUUGCACAUUGAGUUAACCCCACGUCCCAGUACCAUGGUUGUCUACGCUUUCCCCGCAGCGAAUUUCUUCGUUACAACAAGUCAUUGGAGACAUUGCCAACAUUUCCAAGUUCAGUCGUGAGACUACACGCGUGC